AUGGACAUUCAAGGCGCAUUCGACACGGUCAUGAGAAACAGGCUCAUCCUCCGCCUCCGCCAGCAGGGCUGGCCCCUACCACUCAUGAAGUGGGCCGCCUCCUUCAUGUCAAACAGAGCAGCCCGUGUCCGGUAUCAAGAUAUCACGACCGAGUAUGCACCCCUACUAUGCGGACUCCCACAGGGCUCGCCAGCAUCUCCGAUACUCUUCCUUCUAUAUACCGAGCCCAUCUACAAGCUAGGCUUCCAGCUAGGUCGGUUUGGCUACGCCGACGACACCGCCAUCCUCAGGACCGGCCGGACUCUGAGAGAGACAGCAAAGCUCGCGACGGCUGAUGUGCGGGAACUCAUCUCCUGGGGUGCGGCGAAUGGCAUCACCUUUGACCCCGAAAAGACAGAAGUGAUGCACUUCAGCCACAAGAAGGACGACACGAGCCCGUCGGUAACACACGGCGGUAUUGCCAAGGUUCCAGCAGAAGCGAUCCGCUGGUUAGGGAUCUGGCUGGACAAGAAGCUGACCUUCCGAACACACAUCGAGAAGUGGGCGGCUAAGGCGAAAAAGGCGGCCGGCCACCUGCACGGCCUCUGCAAUACAAAACAUGGCCCUCUCCCGGCUGCAGUCAGGCGGGCGGCAACAUUAGAUACGGGCCCGAGGUAUCAUACUGGCACUGAGAGCUACACGGCUUGGCACGGCACGAAGAAAGUUCGGCCUCAGAUUCAGCACCUGGUCGACAAGCUCGACCCCGUCCUCCGCCGGGCCAUUCGGGCCAUCCUCCCCGUGUGGAAGACCACGCCGGUUCCGAUAUACCAUCAGGAGAGCGGUAUCCCUCCCGUGCCCUUGCUUCUUGAGGCCCGACGCAUUCGAUUUGCAGCACGCCUGAAAUCCCUGGACUUGGCCCAUCCACUGGCCCAGCGCACAGCGCCGACACCGAUCCGGACGGCUCUGUUCCUCUCCGAUUGUCCUCGACCGACCGUCGAGGGAAUCUCUCCCGACGAGCUCGUCGUCUACUCAGACGGCUCCCAGCUCCCAGGCGGGGCCACAGGAUACGGAUACGCAGUCCACCAAAACAGUGUGACCAUCUGCGAAGGAUCUGGACGCCUUGGCCCAGCUGAAGUGUUUGAUGCCGAAGCAGCUGGCGCGCUCGAAGGCCUCCGCGCUGCCGUCAAGAUCCCCGACGCAUCGGACAACCCGAUCGUGGUCUGCUUAGACAAUCUAGCUGCGGCUACGUGCCUCCGAGGUACAGCAUUGGAUUCGUCCCAAUCGGCCUUCCUCAAGUUCCAAGAGAUCGCCGCCGCACACGGCUCAAUCCACGUUCGCUGGAUACCGGGCCACACCGACAUCCCGGGCAACGAACAAGCCGACUCACUCGCGAAGGCAGGCUGUGCCCUCCCAGAACCUCCAGACGCCAAACCAACCCUCGCGUACACCCUCAGAACGGCCAAGAAACAAUCCAAGGAAGCCUUCCAGGCGUGCUCAAAGCAACCACAGGAUGCCCGAAGGAACUCUCAAUCUCCAGGGCAGCACUCCACCAUCUUCUGGCAGCACGAAGCUCCCAUGGAGACUUCGCAGACUACCAUGAAAGAUUCAACCAUGAGGGCGCGCACAUCACCUGCUCGUGCGGCCGGCGCAAAGCACCAAACCACCUCUUCUAUUGUCGGAAGAUUGCUCCACGGGACCGGAUGA